GAGACACUCCAGAACAACCUGGUUCUUCUACAAAAAGAGAAAGAAGAAUUUAGGCCCAUGGGACAGAAGAAAAGUGACGGCCUGCUGGGUAAGGUGGCCUCAGAGCAGCAGAGCCUGCGAGAUGCUUUCACGCAGCUGCAGCAGUUCCUGCAGGAGCAGGAGGAUGUCCUGCUGGCCCAGCUUGGCGAGAUGCAUGAGGAGCUCAAGCAGGAGCUCUGCAGAUACACCUCCAGCAUUUCAGAGAGGGAAACGGUGCUGGACACACUGAUUGCGGAGAUAGAGAAGAAAUGUGACCAGCCGAUGGUUGAGUUUCUUACGGAUGUUGGCAAAAUCCUGGACAGGUGUGAGGCAGCAAAGGCCCCGAUCCCUGAGCCGGUUUCCCCGGGGCUGGAGAGGACUGUUAAGAGACUCUUUAAGACUAGCCAGAAGGUCACAGCUGUGAUGGCCGAAUUCAAAGUGAGCCUGCUGAGUAAAAUCGACAGAGAAAGGGUGAAGAUAUGGCUGGACCCAGAGACGGCGAGCCCGGACCUGAGCCUCUCGAAGGACUGCAAGACCGUGUGGCUGGCAAGUACAGAGCGAGAACUCCCUGACAACCCUAAGAGAUUCACGGGCAGCCCCAGCAUCCUGGGCUCCAGGGGCUUCACGGCUGGGAGGCAUUACUGGGAGCUAGAGGUAGGGGAUGGGGACAGCUGGGCCGUUGGGGUGGCCGUGGAGUCCGUGCAGAGGAAGGACUCCCUCAGCAAGGCCCUGGGGAAGAUCUGGGCCCUGAGGCUGGACUGGAAUUGCCAAUACAUGGCACUCCACAUGCCCCCCACCCCGCUGGAACUAAACCAAAAGGUCCGGAAAAUCAGGGUCCACCUGGAUUACGAAGCGGGCGAAGUGACCUUCUAUAAUGUGGAGAACAUGAUGCAGAUCUUGCAGUUCAAGGCCACUUUCACUGAGAAGGUCUUCCCAUACUUUUGGCUCUGGUCACAAGAAACCUACAUCCAGCUGUGUGCCUGA